CUUUUCUUUAAUUUUUUAUUUUUCUCUUCCAAUCAAACCUUUUCUCUUUUUUAUUUUCUUCAUCUGCUUUCUCAUAUAUUUUUCUCCUUCCAAAGCAAUUUUUUCUUUGCUUUUGUGCCCACAAAUUCAGUCUUCCAUAAACUCUCUUUUAUCAAGGUUCUUUCAAGAAUUUCUUGGUUGAGAGACAUCUAAACAUAUGGCAACAAAAGCAAAAGAUAGUUCUAUUGCUGGGAAGAAGAAGGCCCCAUCAUCAAAUUCUCACACGACAAUCACCGAAAGGACCAUCAAACCAUCCGUAACAACAACUACAAACUCCACUUACAAGCCCAACUCAACCUCAUUAGAGAAAAAAAUCCCCAACUAUCUCAAGCCCACAAAAACCUCAUUCCUUGAGUCCCCCACUUCCAAACAACCCAAGAGUGGCUCACCCAGCAGUAAGCCUUUUGUUGCAAUAAGAAGAAGAUCUUUGGACAAACCACUUUCCUCUUCAAACUCGACAAGAUCCUUAACAACUCCACGUAGAUCUUCCAUUGGCCCAAUUAACAAAAGCAUUGUCCCUUCCAAACCCAUCUUAGCUAGGACCACAAUUUCCGCUAGUGAUGGAAAAACCAAGCCAUUAGUCACAAAGGGCACAAAGAAAACCGUCCCUACUAAUACUACUACUUCUACAAGCACUAAGAAGGUAUUUAAUAAGGAUCAUGCUUCUUUUAACUCAACAAAGAGCACUCCUAAAGAGACUACAAAAACUUCAAAGGUUGAAACUGAGCAAGUUAAGGAAGUUACAAGCCAAGAAGUUGAAGUGAUAAAAGUGGAGAAUGAAGAACAGAAAGUGCACGAGGUUGAACAUGUGAAUGAUCAUGUUCCACCUGAUGUUGAAUCUGAACAUGAGAUUGAACAUGUUCAAGGGCUUGAGAACUCGGAUCCACCCCAAUAUCAAGUUGAUGAUGAGAGGGUCAUAUCUACAGUGUCAGAAACUGAAAAAGAGACACUAGAAGAGAAAGCAAAAAAUAAGGAACAUGAGUUGGAGGAAGAUAAUAAAACAAACCAAGAUGAAGGAGGAAACAAUAAUGAGAGUGAUCACCAAGAAAAUCAUGAAGCAAAAGUUGUUGUUAACGAUGAAGAUGAAGGUGAGGGUGGUGAAAUUAUAAGAGAAGAUUACAAAAGUGAGAACAAGAACAAUGGAGAAGAGGCAAUAGAGGAACAAAAGGAAGCAGUUGAAAAAGUAGAAGAGAACAAAGUUGAGGCAACACCAUCAAAGCAACAAUCAGGAGAAAGAAGACAUGGGAAAAUGGAGGCUCAGGUGUCCAAUGAUGAGAUUGAAAAAACUGCCAAGCUUUUGGAGGCAAGGAAGAACAAGGUGAGAGCAUUGGCUGGGGCAUUCCAAACUGUCAUUGAUCACCAAACCACAUCAAAAUGAAGCAUGCCAAUUACAUGUGUUGAAACUUUAUGCAUAUAAAAGGAACAACAGUAGAAAAAAGAAAAACAAACCAAAAUCAGAAGAUGGAGAGGUGAAGAAGUUAUUCUGAUGUGUACAUGGCUUUCUCGUUACUAAAAUUGAAAAGUGUUGCCUUCAAACUUAAUUGAUUUGUUAACUUGGAUUUUAAUUCAUUAACAUCUGUAAUUAAAACCAUUGUAACAUGCAUAUAUUAUUCAGUCUUUGGACAAUGUAAUAGCUCUCUUCCUUUUAUUCUUCGUUUCUUUAAGAGUUAAAA